AAUAUACGUAGGAUUUCUUAUUAUAAUUCGUCGUUAGAAAAAGCGUUAAUAUUUAAUUUUUAUUAUUUUAUAACCCGCUCUUUCGUUUUCCAGAUUACCUUUUUAAAUUUCUAUAAACUUUAUUAGAAACUUAUUUUAAAUUCAAAUUUCUACGUUAACGUACUUUAUUACGUAUUAACGUAUCUUUUUAUUAAUAAGACCCCUGGGGUCAGCUAUGGUUCUUCGAAACAAGAACUAGAGAAAUUUAUGUCUGCAAGAACGCUGGAGAAUGACCAAGAACAACAUGCGCUUAUGCCGCUGGCUCAUUUCUGUAUGAAUGAUCUUCCGGCAAAUGCCCGCGCUCCAGAGCUAGAUGACAGAAAUGCAGCAUCAGUGCUGAAGGCGGAUGGAGAUAGAUGGACGGGGACAGAUGAGAGCUCCGGUUCCGGGGUUACGAGGGAAGACAUGGGAAGGUAUCUGGGAUAUCUUGCUAGCAUCAAGUUUAUUAGCCAGCCAACUGGGAGAGGGAGACAGUUACCGAGAUUAGGGCGGACAUAAUAUAGGCACAGGCUGAAGGGGG